AUGUCAAAGUCUACCUUUUUUACGUGCUGCUCUCUUGUUUUUAUCCUCAUUUUAUUAUAUCAUCUUCACACAAUUAAGCAAUUUGAAUUUUCGCUCAACAAACCAGUUCCUAAGCAAGUUACAAUUUCGGAACUAGAAAAAAUAUUCAAACUGCCGAAUAAAUUUAGCAUUAUAACCUCUGACAAAACGCUGUUAUCAAGAAGUAUUCAAGCUGGUAAUUCUGAUCGCUUCAGACAUGUUCUGAUGAAAGCGUUACGGGGAGAAAACAUCAGCGUGUUGGUGAUCGGAGGCUCUCAUAGCGCGGGAGGAAAACUAGGACUUGACGAGAACAGCCUGGAUGGAUUGUAUUUCAAAGUAUUUCAGAAAUGGUGGAACGAAACCUUUGGUAGUUUUGCAAAAUCCUUUUUGAAGGUAACUGCCCUGACAAUCGGAGACACGGAUAGCUAUUUCUUCGCGUUUUGCUGCAGAACUUUUAUUCCUGAAGGCGCGAGAUUCGAUUUCGUGUUGAUAGAAUUAUCAUCUAACGAUAUAGCACUUGAGACGGCGAAACCACUGGAACAACUGACGCGACAAGCUCUUGCAUAUUCUUCAGCACCUGUGAUCUUUUACAUAAACGUUGUACGUGAUUUCGGAGUUAAUCCGUACACUAAAAAGGUGGAAAAUCCAUCUUGUGUUACCCUCGAAGACUUUGGUCAAAAAGAACUUGCCCGUCAUUACGACAUUACAUCAUUCAAUUUAAGGGAAAUAAUUUGUAGGAAAGAGAAAGGUCGAUGGAAAGUAAUGCACUCAAGCAUGGCAGGCUCAGAUGGUAAACAUAUAGGUGUUAAGGCGCAUGCUCAGAUUGCUUACAUGAUGACGGAAUAUGUGAAAAACAUUUACCAAGAGAUUCCUCACAACGUCAUGGGAUUAAAUCUGCUUUCUAUCAAUCAUGACGGAAGCUUCAAUCUCCCGAGCUUAUUUUUUAUAAAGCGUGAAACCAAAGCCUUAAAAAAGCCAUUGUGUUGGACGGGGAAAACGCCGAAUGUAUUUAAGAAGCUUCACCACUCUAAUCUCAAAUUUGAAAUUAAAGAGAAAACUGGCUUUUCGCCAUGUUUCAAAGUGUACGGGCAAAAACAGAAUGUUAAAAGAGUCGCUAGAGAACUUCGCACUGAUUCCCAAGGGGGGUGGUGUGCCUGGAUACGCUCCAGCGUCCUUAAGCUAAAGAUCUAUGUUCCUCGGAUUGUUGGUGAAAAUUCGUUUCGCACCCGGUCAGUGACAGUUUUGACAAAACAUAACGGAGGCAUUGCUGCAAUAUGGCUCGACAAUCAUAAAAACGAAACAAUUCAAACCAAUUCUACUCAGAUGAGAAGGAAUCGGUACGACACGAUUGGGCAUAGAGUUCAGCCAGGCUACCACACAAUCACAUUUAAAACAUUAUCCAACGAAUUGUUCUUGGUAGCUGGAGUGUUUGUUGGUGCCCCUGACUUUCACAUCAAGUAGACUUGGUUUCUUUUGUUGAGUAAUAAGAAAAGAGAAGUGCACGAUAAUCAUUGAAAUUUUUAAGAGUUGUUGUUAAGAGGAACAUUUACUCUUCUUUCGUAUUCGAAUUGCUGUAACUCAGUUCUA